UUUGUUUGCUGGCCUUCUGCUUUUUCCUGUGGCUGCUUUUCCCUUCCCCUCCCGCCCUCUCUGAGAGCAGAGUGGGUAGGGGGGGAGAGGAGAAAGAGGAGGAGUGCGAACAGAAAUGCAGCGCGGCUCUCCCUGAGCCCGGCCGCGGAGCCGCGUCCAUGUGCGCGCCCUGCCGCGCAGCGCCUCGGAGCCACCGCGCUGGGGCCGGGGCUGCCCGCGGGCCGAGGGGUCUCUGACUCAUCCCACAGCCCCUCGCCGGAGGGCGGCCGGAGGGAGGAAGCGCCGCCGCCUGCGCCCGGGUGGAGCAGAGCGGCACCGCGCCGCAGGGACCCGCGGAUCCUCCGCGUCCCCCUAUCCUUUGGACACAGCGGACCUUCGCCAGCGGGGCGGCCACUCCCGGAUCUACACGGCGCUGCCAACCCGGCCGGGGGUCUCGCCGACGGCCGCCCGCGCCGGGAUUUGCGCUCCCUGGGGACAGACCCAUGGGCGGCGGAGUCCGGCGUCCAGCCAUGGUUGUUAGCCUGGGCGCCCUGCUCCGCCUGGCCGGCUGAGCCCUCCCUGGCGCCGGGACUCGGGGCUGCAGCGCGUUAAGCGGGUUGUCCCGGUCCCCGCGGGGCGCGGCGGCGGCUCGGCCCCAGCGCGCCCGGGCGGCGCACCCCGGAGCUGAGCGGCGCGGGGGGGGGCCCAUGAGCGGCGAUGGCAGCGGCUAUCGCCAGCUCGCUGAUCCGGCAGAAGCGGCAAGCGAGGGAGUCCAACAGCGACCGGGUGUCCGCCUCCAAGCGCCGCUCCAGCCCCAGCAAGGACGGGCGCUCCCUAUGCGAGAGGCAUGUCCUGGGGGUCUUCAGCAAAGUGCGCUUCUGCAGCGGCAGGAAAAGGCCGGUGAGGAGGAGACCGGAACCCCAGCUGAAAGGAAUUGUGACAAGGUUAUUCAGCCAGCAGGAAUACUUCCUGCAGAUGCACCCAGAUGGUACAAUUGAUGGGACCAAGGACGAAAACAGUGACUACACCCUUUUCAAUCUAAUUCCUGUGGGUCUUCGCGUGGUGGCAAUCCAAGGGGUGAAGGCAGGUCUAUACGUUGCCAUGAACGCUGAGGGAUAUCUCUACAGCUCAGAUGUUUUCACACCAGAGUGCAAAUUUAAAGAAUCCGUCUUUGAAAACUACUACGUUAUUUAUUCUUCCACGCUGUACCGGCAGCAAGAAUCCGGACGAGCGUGGUUCCUGGGACUCAAUAAAGAAGGUCAAAUUAUGAAGGGAAACCGAGUGAAAAAAACCAAACCCUCAUCACAUUUUGUACCCAAACCCAUUGAAGUGUGCAUGUACAGAGAGCCAUCGCUGCAUGAAAUUGGAGAAAAACAAGGACGCUCAAGGAAAAGUUCAGGGACACCAACCAUGAAUGGAGGCAAAGUUGUUAACCAAGACUCGACAUAGCUGACAAAUACCCUCCCUUCUUCCAACUCCUCCCCUCCCACCCACCUACCCACCCCACCUGGCGAAACCACACUGAGACGAUGACAACUGAGCAAGGCAGGACCUACCGGUAGUGGCUUGGAGUGUGAACUCCAGAAUCUUUCUUUGUGUAGGACGAGAAAAUCAAAACCCAGAUCCUGCCUGUUGCAACGUUUUAAAAAACAACAACAACAA